GAUCUCAUUAGUAUGUACGCACGUAACGUCUACAGAUGGGCUGUCUUUAAAUACCGCGAGACACCCUUUUGCAGCACCACUUCUGCGGAAAAGCUGCAAACAGGAGGAGCAAACACUCCAGCUCGUGUUUCCGACUGUUUAACUGAAGCCUAAAGAUGUCCACCAAGGAGAAGCUGAUCGGCCAUGUGAUGAAGGAGGAGCCUGUUGGCAGCAGGAACAAGGUGACGGUGGUGGGUGUCGGCAUGGUGGGCAUGGCCUCUGCCAUCAGCGUCCUGCUCAAGGACUUGUGUGAUGAGCUGGCCCUGGUUGAUGUGAUGGAGGACAAGUUGAAGGGUGAGGCCAUGGACCUGCAGCACGGAUCCCUCUUCCUCAAGACACACAAGAUCGUGGCAGACAAAGACUACAGUGUGACAGCCAACUCCAAAGUGGUGGUGGUGACAGCCGGUGCCCGCCAGCAGGAGGGCGAGAGCCGUCUUAACCUGGUGCAGCGCAACGUCAACAUCUUCAAGUUCAUCAUCCCGAACAUCGUCAAGUACAGCCCCAACUGCAUCCUGAUGGUGGUUUCCAACCCAGUGGACAUCCUGACCUAUGUGGCCUGGAAGCUGAGUGGUUUCCCCCGUCACCGCGUCAUUGGCUCUGGCACCAACCUGGACUCUGCCCGUUUUCGCCACCUCAUGGGAGAGAAACUCCACCUCCAUCCUUCCAGCUGCCACGGCUGGAUCAUCGGAGAGCACGGAGACUCCAGUGUGCCUGUGUGGAGCGGUGUGAAUGUUGCUGGAGUUUCUCUGCAGGGCCUCAACCCACAGAUGGGCUCUGAGGGUGACAGUGAGAACUGGAAGGCUGUUCAUAAGAUGGUGGUUGAUGGGGCCUAUGAGGUUAUCAAGCUGAAGGGCUACACUUCCUGGGCCAUUGGUAUGUCCGUGGCUGACCUGGUGGAAAGCAUCAUUAAGAACCUGCACAAAGUGCACCCUGUGUCCACACUGGUCCAGGGCAUGCAUGGAGUGAAGGAUGAGGUCUUCCUGAGCAUCCCUUGUGUCCUGGGCAACAGCGGCCUGACAGAUGUGAUUCACAUGACCCUGAAGCCUGACGAAGAGAAGCAGCUGGUGAAGAGCGCUGAGACCCUGUGGGGCGUACAGAAGGAGCUCACCCUGUGAAGAGCACUCCUCUGAAUUCUCCUAUACACUCUGAAACCACACUCAACAGUGCGGUUGACUCCCUCCUCCUGUACCUCCCCAUGGCAACAGGCGAAAGAAACCUCUGAAUAUCUAUAAAGGCCAAGUGUUUGUAGCUAAACCAGUGGAAGCUAGAUUUUAACUUCAGAUAUUCACACAUUGGUGUCAUUUUCCUUUGCUGCCCCCCUCCCAUCCUCUUCACUCCAUGACUGAAUUCCCUUAACCCCAAAUUCAUCCCUGUAAGCCUUUGAGCUCAGCCUGUGUUGGAGCUAGAGUGUUAUCUAUUUGUUGUCCUGUCUACACAAGAAAAGUAAGGCCUUUGCAUAUUGAGUGUAUACAUUCUAUGUACUGUAUGUUACUGUGCAAUGUUGCUGCUUCUUCAGUACACUCGUUGUUCGUAGUUCGUAUUUAUUCUGUGACUGUUGCCAGUUUUCUUUUUUUUUUUUUUUUUUUACACUUGGUAAUCUCUGUUUAUUUUCUAUUUGGAGUAUAAUGGAGACAUUCCAUUCCCUAUGAGGAAGGCUUCCUAUCCACCUACAGUCAUAAUAACCCUGCUGCAUAUAUCACUGGGACAAUAUCCUGUGAUACCAAAGUACCUUAUCAUUUGAGAAAAGCAAUGCUACAUGUACUUGUUGGCAUUGAAGCCAUUAUAAACACUCCUAACCACAAGUGCACCGACAGGAAAAACUAUUUAAAAGUCAAGGGGUAAAGAACUGGCAAGUAGCAACACAGGUUUGAUCUGAGAGAAUUAAAAGGGGUUGCCAACAAAGUGACUUGGUAUAAUUUAACUCAGUAAAGAGAUAACAGAGAACCAAUGGGAAAUAGUCAGCUACAAUCAUGACCUAGGGUCAGGUUAUGAAUCGUAACAGAAGGUAAUAAUCUUGAAUUCAAUCAAAGAGUUUUGUAUUUAUUCUACUCCAACUGACUCUGGAGAAAAGGACAUCAAGAGAAAAACUAUAGUAUUGUUUAUAACUGCUAAUACUGUUAAGACCUAUUUAUGUAUUAAUGUUACGACCUUAGAUAUGGUAUAUUAGUCACCUGACUCACUGAAGAACUGUACCUGUCAUGGCAGCUGGAUAUGGAUUUUUAUUUGCCGUAACAUCGAUUAAAUCUGCCAGGAUGAUACAA